AAACAAAAAAAAAAUUUGGGGGAACGAAAAAAAUGAAGUCGCGGAAAGAGGUAAACUGGGAAGGAGGGUGUAUUCUUGAAGAGAGGUAGUCAGACUGAGGCUAGAUCUGUGAGCUAGGUAAAUCUCGCUCACCCCCCGAUACAGACUCUCUGCUCACUGCUAGCCGCGCCGGGACUCGAACCAAUGUUUUCAUGAGCCUUUACACACGUUCUGUUGACUCCAUCUGACCGCGUUCAUCGAAAUAUGUGAAUAGAAUUUAAUGUAAAUAAGUCUUGGUCAACGGUGUGUUUAAAAGUAAUGAUGGAUACUGUACCUGGAUACACUUGACAUUGUGAUGCGAAUCUGUGUUAUAUAUAAAGUUGCCGAAUGUAGAUAAAUAUGAACAAUAAUUUAUAAUAAUAAAAUACAAGUGGAAACAAUUCCGUUAAAAGCUUGAAAAAUUCUUAUUUUAACGUUUCUUCGGGUUUUGUCUGUGAUUGGAUGACGUCAUGUCAUGUGACAUUUGUUUUAUUCAGAUCUAUCAAACGGCCGAAAAGAUAUAAAAAAAAGAAUGUGUGAAUUGAGUGGGACAGGCAUUCUCACAGCACGUGACUUCGUUCAGCCAAUAAGGAUUAAGACCGCAGCGGAUCAACACUUUAUUUUUCUCCAUAGAUUCCAGAAGAAUUGACCUCUGACCCUCGGCACCAUUUCGGCUUGUGAAGUAUGUGCUGGAAGAAAAGGAAAAACGAGACAGGCUUUGGGAUAGACUCACAUUUUCUGUAAAAAGAAAAAAAUAAUUUAAAAAAUACAUAUAUAUAUAUAUAUAUAUAAUUUGUGACUGGGAAAUCUAGAAGAAAUGGAAGAAAGUGUAAAUGAGGUUUUCGUAACGGACUUCCGGCAUUGUUAAUUGGCCGUGUCACGCAUGAGGAUGGCUUAAUGAAGCUUGCUUUUCCAGACAUGAAUAUUGCCUUUUUGUGGAUAUAUAUUUUUUGUGUUCUCUCUUGUGUGGAUUAUUUGUAUGCUUUGUUUGUGUUUUAUUCGUGGAUGGCGAAUUCCGAGCUCAUCUUUCACUGGACGAGUCUUCCUGACGAGUGCUGAUUAGCCGAGUUGAGAUAAGACACGGAAAGUGGAGAGGGCUACGUGCCCGUUUAAACGACGCUGACCGUUUCUCCUCGGAAAGCGCCUACUUGAAAGAAGGGUCCUUCUGCAGCCACCACCACCACAUUUCUUUAUUCGUCUGUCAUCCGUGGUAGGCAUGGGUUCGAGAUUGUUUGAGGAUAAGAGGUCCCCCCUCCCUCCAACGACCCUCCUCGUUACAACGAAAAUCAUUUAGACGCCAAGUUGAAGCGCAUUGCAAUUUGUCCACUGCAUCAGAGAUAAACCUUUCAACUGGCCGGCUUCUUGACUAACAGACUGCGGACACUGGACAGAUAGCUGGUCCAGAUUGGGCUAUCUUUGAACCUCCACCAUCUGGUGAGCGGGUGAAUCGUUUCUAUCUCCCGACCCGCUUCUAUCACUUGUUAACUCUGAAACAAAGUUUCUUUAAAAUCAUAUCGCCACUCUAUUUUAGAUGCCAAAGUGCCUAAUUAGAUCCAGUUUAAUUCUCAGUGGAAUGAUUAAAUGACCAAAUUGACCAUUGGUUUAUCUCUCAUUUGGUGCUAAAAAAAUGUAGGGUACGACUUGCUUUCUAAUAUUACCAAUACCAAUUAGUUAAUCUCAGCUGGUCAUUCUGUGUUUGGUCACUGGAUACCCUUUUGGCCGUUUAAGUUAAUGGAACUGUAAUCAGUAUUAUGAUAAUCAAACAGUAAGGAGAGGCGGAGUAGAGUAUUGCGCACGACUCCAGCCGAUUGCAGAAGGGCCGUAAAUCCUGUUUGUUCUUUCCCCUGGAUUAUCUUUCUUUUGCGACUGGUGACUUUUAACAAGUACCUCAAAAUUAGUUUUGUUCUUCAUCGGAUACAUUGACUGGACCUGGCCAGGAGAACUGGCCACAAUAACUCCAUGGUACAGGUCAGCAGAUGGAUUUCAUUAUACUUAAAGUGAAUGGUCAAGACCUGUCCCAGUCCAGCCACUAUGAAGCCGUGGAAGCCUUCAGGACAGCCAAGGAGCCAAUUAUAGUCGAGGUCCUCAGGAGAACUGGCAAAGGCGGCGGUGGUGGCAACAGCAGCGAGUUUGGUGGGUCCAGUGGUGGCGGUGACCGUGGCAUGAAAAGCCGCUGUCCGACCAUGGUGUCCAUCGGUACACAGACCGAGGAGGAUUUUUACUGCUACAAUCGUCCACCCACGCCACCCCCGGGAUUUUACCCUAUACCUUUGACUUCCGGGUUAUACCAACCGUCGUCACGCAGACCAGUCGCUUUCUCUCCCAGCGCAGAGAUGGGCUUGACAGACAUAGAGAUGGCCCACAAUCUGGACAUUGAUGACCCUUACUUUGACGACAGACAGUACGAGAUUGUUUACGAGGAAGUCUUACUGAGGCGGACGUCGAGUGAUGCAAAACUCGGAUUAACUCUGUGCUACGGGUCUCUGGAAGAUGAACUUACAGAAAUAUUUAUUAGUGAGGUUGAUCCCUGCAGCAUCGCUGGACGAGACGGGCGUAUCCGAGAAGGUGACCAGAUUGUGCAGAUAAAUGGCGUGGAUGUCCGCAGCAGAUCUGAGGCGAUUUCUUUGUUUUCUGGCAAUGGUACAGAUAUAACACUGACAGUGGCACGUGCGCAGCUACAGUGUGAUGAUGGUUUCAUGGAGGAGCCCAAUGUUGUGCUGGAUGACCUUCACAUGGACCUUCUAGAGCAGCAUCACCAUGACAACAUGCAGUUUAUGGCCUCCAUGUUGGCUCGGCGCCAUCUGGAUGAGGAAGGGGGCACCACUGAUACAGCCACCACAGAGAACUCUUCCCAGAAGCAUGAAAAAGACAGUGGAGUGGGUCGUACAGACGAGAGCACUAGGAAUGAGGAGAGUUCCGAACAGGAGAAUGUAGAUUAUGACAGUUUUAUGAACCCUGCCAUAUUGGCAUGCAAAGGUCGUCACCCCAGCAAUGACAGUCUCAUAUCCAGCGACAUUCCUGGUGAGGUCUGCAGCAAGCUGAGGGACAUGUUUGACCCCAGGAUGGCUGUGGGCAGCUCCCCUAGGAGGGAUGUCCACCGCAAGGACUCUGGUAGCAGCCUUGAGAGAGAGUUGGCCCUUUUGAACCAGGAAAUGGAAGAAAUACAGGUGGAGUGUCAGGACCUUGUUGAAAACCACAUCAUGAGAGAGCGACUUGGAUACAAUGAGUCGGUCAUCAGAGGGGACACACAGAAGAGUCCUCGCAUAGUUCCACGUAUGGGAACAAGGUUGGAGUAUGUAAAACAUCCCAAUGAGCCUGGUCUGGCCAGAAAGCCUGGCAUGGGAGGCACGGGUAGCCCCAGUCAUACUGGUGCCCCUGUCACUAUGUCAUCCCCUCUCAAUAACAAUUACAGUAUGAACGGGUCAUCUAAAAACUACACCAAUGGCUCUGUGGUACCUUCCUCCCUGUCCUCGACUAUGUCCUCAACUUGCAGAGGGUUAAACUCAGAGUUCAGCUCUCACACCAAUACUACAUCCAGUUCCAACAUGAGCACAGGAAUGUGUGACAAGGACAUGUGGACGACCACUAGCGCAUAUAACACUGGGGAGUCAUGCCGCAGCACACCGCUUACCCUCGAACUCAAUCCAACCAUUGAUGAAAACAGCCACGAGCUCAGCGGAUCCAUGCUCUGCCUGGCCACUCCAUCAUCAGCUCCUUCAGCGAUAGUGACCAGUGACACAGAGAAGCAGACACAAACCCCGACAAAACCUAGGGAUUAUUCAAGUGGGGACAGUGGCCAUGGCCAGGCCAAGAAAUCCUCAAGCUCUUCUCACACCAUCAAGGCCAUGAGCAUUAGUGAGAGCAUGAAGUCAGGGCUUACCCAUCCUUCCCAGAUGGGAGAGUCCCUACAGGACCUCUACCUUCGUUGUGCUGACGUCAUGUACACUAACCGGGCUAAUCUUCAGCACACCAUUGCUGUGCAACAAAAGCUCUUUCAACAACAGCUUGAGCAGAAUGCCAGGCUACGGGGCCAUGGCCCACCUGGCCACCCUCCUCCCACCAGCAAUAUUAACGAUCACACCCCCGAUGCUGCCAGAAACAGCCCUGGUCAGACUCCUCCUUCAGACAGCGGCCAGAUGGAGUGGGUAGUGAAACGCAGACCUGACGGCACCAGAUACAUCACCAGAAGGCCAGUCCGCAACAAACUUCUUAAAGAGCGGGCCAAAAAAAUCAGCGAAGAGCGUUGCGGCAUGACCACAGAUGACGACGCCAUGUCAGAAAUGAAAACCGGGCGGUACUGGUCAAAAGAGGACAGGAAGAGGCACCUGGAGAAAGCAAAAGACUACAAGAAGAAAAAGGAACUCCUAGUGAAAGCUAAAAUGGAAACAUUGAGAGAAAGUGAAGAAAAGAAAGAGGUGAACAUUGUGGAACUUAGCCACAGGAAAAUGAUGAAACAUAAAGGCAAAAAAGUCUUUGACAAUUUCACAACGGUCAAGGAAAUGUUGGCCCACGGGAACAAAGUGAAUGAUGGGAAGACAUACAACCCCUUACUCUCCGUGACAACUGUAUGACCUCUCUUAAGCUGUAAAUCAAAAUGUAAUACAUUUAAGUUAAAAAAAAAAUGUAAAGCUAAUUCACUAAUGGAUAUAUGGCAUGGAUCUAUUAGAGUGGAUAUAUGGCAUGGAUUUCUAUAGACAUGGGUGAUGUGGUUUUGUCUCUGGCUGUGGGAGUACUGCAGCAUUAUCUGAAAUGUUUGAAUGAACAGAAUGACAUCCCCUAAAAUUUCAUUGACCUCCUCACUCACACACACUAAUGUUAAAGUUCAAGGACAUGUCAUAUUAACUGUGGCUGUUUUUUUUUGUUUUUUUUAAAGAAUUUUGCUCAAUGUCAUUAGAUCUUAGCUUAUAAGUGAUUAGUGAUACAGAUUAUUUAACAUAAUGCUUACAGCAAUCAAGGCUGACAAACAGUGCUGUUUGUUCUUAGAGCUGUUCAGAAUUACUGUUUGGUCUACAAGCUGUAGGAAAAAACAAACAAAUAAACAAACCAGGCAUCUAAAACUAAAAAUAAAUUUUCCUGUUCAGUGAAACAUGUGGUCAUCACUUUUUGUGGUCAUCCAGACCUUCUGGAUUCUAAAUGCCCAUCUUUAAUAGUACAUCUGGGCUGUUAUUCUAUUCAGUCUCCUGAAUUUGUCCCAUUUCUUGGACACGAGACACAAAGAGGAAAUAACUUGUGCCUUUUCAAAGUGGACACUCUAGCCUGGAUACACCUGUAGGUUAUUCAUGGACAAAUGCCUAGAUACAAUGGAUGUUCACUUUAUCGUACAGAAAGUAGGUCAAAAUAAUUCAGGGUCAAAGCUGUAUUGCUGCUACUUGGCCUACAGUAUAUCUCUACACCUUCACAUAUCCAUUGAUGAACUUUAAAAAAAACCCAAUACAUUAAGUGUGUCUUGAUUCUACUGUGAACACAAAUUUUAUUAUUUAUGUGUGUUUACUUUGAUUAGACUCAAGUCUAAAAGAAAAAAACAUUCAGUUUGACAUUAAGCCAAACAUAUUUAAAUAGUGUUGGCUUUACAUUGUUCAUAAUAUGUGGCAUCAACUAUGUUACAUGCUUAGUCAUGGAUAAAGCAGAAAAUCUUUUGUGUGUAGUGAGCUACUAAACUUUAACAAACAUGGAGCCAUCUUGCUGUUUAACAGUGAAAGAUGUUGUCACAAAAGAAAUGAAUAGCUUCAAAUAAGUAGCCUUAGAGUGGACACUGGUGUAACUGUUGACCAUUUAUUAACAAUUUAUUUAUUAUUUAAAAUCGACAUUAUUUAGUGUUUUAUAUAAACAGUGUCUCUGUAUAAGGAAUGAUGUUUGUAGAUAAUAAAUUUAUAUUACGAAUGUUUCAUCCCUGCCCCCAUCCAAGCAAUGCUAUGUCAAUGUUAUGUCAAUAUGUCAAUUCUACAUGUAUUUCAUGUAAUAUUAUGUCAAUUCUAUGUCAUGUUUUGUCAAUGUCUAUAUGGGGUUUGAAUUCCAUACCAAUGAAUUUUUUUCAAUGUUUCAUAAUUAUUUUUUUUUAUAACAUGCAUAAGAGAAUAGAGUGCUCUCACCUUGGAGAGUGCUGUAUCCCAUGAUUCCAUUUUUGAACCUAAGGUUAGGACUUUACCUACAACUGAAUUGGCAUUUUUUAUCUAUUUAACAAUCAUUUAUUAAAUAAUUGUUCAACUUCACACAUAAACUGUUUACCUGAUCAUGUGGAAUGGUGCUUCAUACAUUCAUCUGGAUUGCUCCAAGUUCAAACCCUGCCCACUGUCAACCCCAGAUAUCUUGCAGGAGGUUUGACCCAGGAUGUAGUAAUCUUCAUUUCUCAAGGGACGUUUAAAACUUUAAAAAUAAAACUUGACCCACUUUCAUUUCUGAAAUAAUUAGACCUCCCCUUCCCAAGUACUCAUCAUGAGCAAGAAGAAAUUCACCCAGAUCAUUGAAACAUCUGACUUGAUUGUCCUUUAGCUUUAUGUGUGUGUGUGUGUGUAUGUGUGUGUGAUAGACAAGAUGGAGAACUGUUUUCACUUGUCUCUCUAGUUUGUCCUUAAGGCUGUGCUCAUAAUUUUUACUUCAUUUUUUUUUUUGGACAAUCUGUGUGUCAAGAGUUAUGCUUCCUUUGAAUAAAUGUUUGAAAAACAAACAAAGAAAUUGCAUUCUUAGACAUCAAGUUCAUUUAGAAGUUUAAAACAGGCUGGCUGGUACUUGAGGAAUGUCAAAUAUUUUGUAGUUAGCUGACCAACAAUUCACUCUGGAUGUCGUCUGCUGAGGUACAUUUUUUUUCAAAUGGUUUAUUGCCCCUUAACCUGCUGGGUCUUGGACAUAUAGAUUUUGAUUCCAUAAACUUAAUUGACUGUCUUUCAUCAAGUCUCACCUGACAUCCAUGAUGGUCUAUCAUAGGUGUGUCUGCUGUCCUAUGCUAGCAACUACUUGACCUAGACCCAGGCAAAGGAAAGGAUUUUAAAAAUAUUUGUGAACUUUGAAGCUUUUGUUCACAUUUUAAACAAGUUUUGAUGGGAAUCUGUUGACAGAAAACUUCUUAUCUUCUUCAUAGCUGCAAGAUUUAUUUUCUCCCCAAGUCACAGGCAAUGUUUGAAGUCUCAUAAUUUGAAAAAGCAACAAAACAAAAUUGGAAAUGUCUAGUUAUACUUUUGUAACAAUCAUUACAAAAAGUUGUAUUAGUGUAAUUUAGGUGUCCUCACAGACCUUUUUAUACGAAAUCUAGACUGGACAUGGAAAUCUUUUAACACUACAAAAGAUAUGAAAUUUUUUUUUAAAGUUUAAACAAAGGUGUUGUUUUGUAAGUAGUUAUAAGGAGUAAAUUUGUUUUUUUUUCAACCAUAACCUAUGUAACAUAUAAUUUAAUGUUUAUUAAUGUUUAUAUUAUUAUUUUGCUAUUUUUUAGAUACAUAAUCUAAAAAGAUCUAGGUAAUCAAUCUAUUUAAAUGUGCAUAAGAUGACUAAAAUCAAUAGACCUGAAUUAUUUCGAUCUAGGAUUUAGAAAUGUUAUCUUAAAGGAAACUAACAGGAAAUGGCUUUAUUUCAUGAAUUUGUGUCUGGAUAUAAUAUAUAUAGGUCUGUGGGUGUCCAGUUUUUUUUAAAUUAGAUUUUAUAGGGUGUGUGUGUGUGUGUUGUGUCAAAUCGUGCAAUAUUUGAAUUGAUGUAAGAUUGUCUAUUUAUAGAAUAUUUGAAAUGAGGCUUUGAAUGCUGUAAAACAUGGAUCAGGUUUUGAACUGGAAAGUCAACUCUUCCUCAGCACCCAACCACACACAAAAAAUGAUGUAAAUCUAACCUCUGAACUGUCAGCCAUUGGGAAUAUUUAGGUCAUUGCUUUAAUCAGAAGGUUGUCCCUUAAUUCUGAUGGCUGACAUUUUAAAAUGACUUCUGACACUGACUAUGGCCUUGUCAAUAGUCACUUCUCAAGGCUGGUGCAAUUGAAAUAUUUGAAAGAAUUGUUUUACAUGUUGUGGAAUAAUUAACAAAGCUGUUUUUGGAUUUAUUAGGGAUACCAUUGAACAAAUAAUUAUAUUCUGGGCAAGCUACUGACUUCCUACAAAAUACAGUAUUACAUAUGAAUAUUGAAAUACAUUUUUACUAGGUUUGUAAUAAUAAAAAAGGGUGUGGGGUAUCAAUAACUAUAAAGAGAAUAAACCAUAACAUUAAAGAUGUAAUUUCCUUUUAUUGGGCAGAGCAUAAUGAUCCAUAUAUUGCAUGGACCAUAGUGAUGAAUUUAUUGCACAUACCAGGGUACUGUUGGUCUGAGUGCUUAAUAACUACAGGUUUGAAGUUUUUAACUUUACUAUUUCUACAUUCUAAACAUUAAAAAUGUCUUGACUGUGAUUUUGUUUUUUCCUGGCACACUUUCAGUUUGUGGGGAAUUGAAAUGUUUAUUUUUGGAAAUAGAGUUUGUGUAUGUGAGAAGGAGAGAGAGAAAAGAAGGGAGAUAACUUCUCAUCUGAGUUGUUUGCUCCUGCUUCUAUUUAUAUCACAUACUAGGUGGAAGAAAAGUUUUGUGUGAGGCUGGGUACUAGUCUAGGUUAAAAAAAUCAACAUAAAGAUAGGACAUUAGUAGCUGUAGGAAUGAAUCAUGGGACAUUAGUAGCUGUAGCAAUGAAUCAUGGGACAUUAGUAGCUGUAGGAAUGAAUCAUGGGACAUUAGUAGCUGUAGCAAUGAAUCAUGGGACAUUAGUAGCUGUAGGAAUGAAUCAUGGGACUUGUGUAAAGAAGUUUGACCUAAUAGUUCAAUUCUAUUAUUAUGUUCAUGAAUGACUCUACAACUGGAGUCACACUAUAUUAUAUAUUGAUUGUAUGUGAUUGAAAGAAAUUAUGAUGUAUGUAUUAUGUGUAUCAUAGCACUGCAAAAAAAACAACAACACAUAAUUAUGUUAUGAUAUCACUGACCUAUAUCACUCAGCUGACAUCAUGACAGACCACUCUAAGUGUGUGUAUGUGUGUGUCUACAUUUGUUUCUGUGUUUGUUCUUUGACAGCUGAUAUAAUAAUAUGGAAAUAAAUUGUGGCUUCUUUAAAAUUUUC